UUUCCCUGUCUUUGCGAGGCUUAAGGUUCCCGAAACGGUUACAAAAUAAUAUCAUAACAGAGAAACAUAAGCAUCCCACGAUUCCUUUCUGCCUCGCACACAACCUUCAAAAUUAUCAUUUUGUUUUCUUCACAAAAUGUUCUCGCUCCCUCAUUUUUCUCUGCUUCUUUUAUCAGCAUCUGCUUAUUUAAUUUAGCUUCUGCCAACUGGGAAACAGAGCAGGGGAAGGGAAACAGCAACAACUAUCCAAAUACAACUCCAAUCCUUUCUGAAUUUUGAUUGGACUUGUGGGCUAAGAUUCGUUCACACUUCGCUUUUUUCCUUUUCUUCUGUCACUACACUGUUUGUGAUUCUGGAAAAGGCCUGCCAUUUCUGUAAGUGGGUUUCUUUCGAAAUUUGAAUUCAAGGUCUCAGCAAAGUGGUUUGUGUUGAGAGUUAGUUGAAAACGUCGAACUAGCUGCUCAAACUUUUUUGCCAUUCAUGGAUAAGCUAUGCUGCUUUAAGGCUUCAUACUCUCAGCUUGUAGCAUCACGUUCUUCAUCCAGCACUGGUAAGGGGAAAAAUCAUGAAGGCUCAAUAAAGUAUGGUUUCAGCUUGGUCAAAGGGAAAGCUAAUCACCCAAUGGAAGAUUAUCAUGUUGCCAAGUUUGCGAAGAUAGAGGAUAAUGAAUUGGGUUUAUUUGCUAUUUAUGAUGGUCACUUGGGAGACCGUGUACCUGCCUACUUACAGAAACAUUUGUUUACCAACAUUUUGAGUGAGGAGGAAUUUUGGAGUGACCCCACUUUUUCUAUCUCAAAAGCAUAUGAAAGCACAGAUCAGGAAAUUCUAUCACAUAGUUCUGAUUUGGGGCGUGGUGGAUCAACAGCUGUUACUGCAAUAUUGAUUAAUGGGCGAAGAUUAUGGAUUGCUAAUGUUGGAGACUCACGAGCUGUUCUGUCAAGAAAAGGUCAAGCUGUUCAAAUGACUACAGAUCAUGAGCCCAACACAGAACGAGGCAGCAUUGAGAAUAGAGGUGGUUUUGUCUCCAACUUGCCAGGUGAUGUGCCCAGAGUAAAUGGACAACUGGCUGUUUCCCGUGCAUUUGGAGACAAGAGUCUCAAGUCACAUUUGCGAUCAGACCCUGAUGUACAGUCUACUGACAUAGAUGUUGAUACUGAUAUUCUAAUCCUUGCAAGUGAUGGACUUUGGAAGGUAAUGGCUAAUCAAGAGGCAGUGGAUAUUGCUAGAAGAACGAGAGACCCACAGAAAGCAGCUAAGCAACUAACAGCUGAAGCAUUAAAAAGAGACAGUAAAGAUGAUAUAUCUUGUGUUGUGGUUAAAUUCAGGUGAUGAUAUGAUGAUAUCUUUCAAACUGUGUUUCAUGAUGGGGUGCAGUUUAUGACAAUAAUAGGGUACAUCUCAACAUACAGAGCAUGUCAACAUAUGGUCUGGGCCAAACAACAUAUAUUACAUACUUGUUUGGAUUAAUCUUGACCAAAUAGGUAAUUUGCCAUAGAAACAAAAAGAAGGGUAUGUCAAGCUCUAAAAUUGGUUUUGUUUUUUUUUCAUUAGAUUUUGUCGCUUGAGAAUGUUUGAUUUCUUUGUGUCAAGUGUCACUACUCAGAAUCUGCUGUAUAUUAUCUUUUUAUUCUUCAUAAAAGACCAGGCGGCUUUGUAAAAGACGAAUAUGCUUCUAGUUAUUGAUUGGAGUAUAGUGAGUGCUAGAAUGAUUGGUCCUAUCCAUGUUUUUUUUUUUUGGUCCAUGUUCUAUACACAGUUGUUUAGCACAAUAUUUGAUAGACAUGGACCCUCUUUUCUUGGUUCUAUUUUCCAAAUUGGAGGAGGUGCCCAAGUUGGCUUUUCAGAGAUUUUUCACGAUCCUGUCACACGAGCUUUUGGUGCCAUAAGAAUAAUGUUUCAUGCAUUUACGCAAGUACUUGCAUAAAAUGAAUAAAAGCAUCUUUGUCUGUUGAUGCAGACU